AUGAACGGCGUGAUUUGGAGCAGAACUCAAAAGACUUUCGUGCCAAUUUCUAGCGUGCCGGCGUUUGCCGUAAUGCAACAAGAACGUCUUAGACAAAGUCGAGCAUUGGAAACCCAUAAUUUCCAAUUGCAAAACUUGACUAUAACGUCCUUUCAGGAACAGCAUUUCUUCGAAUUUUACGACAAUUAUACGAAAGUUACAGGACUCUGUGGUGAAUUAUGGAAUCUUCUUUCUGAAAAAUUAAAUUUUACGUUACAGCCAAUAAGAUCAAGUGAAAAUGACCUGGGUGCGUCAGUGAACUUAUCCUCUUUUCCACGCGGAUUAUUAGGCAUAAUUUCGCGUAAUGAAACUUUUGCAAUACCCAAAGUCGAAACGUACAGUCUUCGACUUUUAGCUACUGAUUUUACAAUGCCUUUAUGGAUGAACAAGCACCGAUUGUAUAUUCAACAGGAGAUAUUACACGACAGCACAUGGAUGGCAAAAGCAUUCUCCUGGAAAAUAUGGUGCUCUAUAUUGAUUAUGUAUUUACUACUGAGCGUAUGCAGUUUUUGGUCACAAACCAUUUUCGCACGGAUCGGAAAUAAUUGCAGAAGCUCGUCUAUCGGCAAUCAUAUUUUUUACAAUUUUGGAAUAAUCUGCAAUCAAAGUUACAUUCCUGAUAAUCUUAUUGGAAGAUCAAGGAUAAUAGAAGUAUCGAUGGGCCUCUUUUGUUCCGUAUUAUCCAUGUCAUUUGGAGCUGUGUUAUUUUUUUAUAUAACAAAUAGAAUUAACAUUAUACCGCCAUUCGAUAAUCUUGAAUCUAUGCUGACCGAUUCUACAUAUAAAGUUGUUUGUUUGAAAGGUUCCCUUGGACAUAUUGCUAUUAAG